AUGGAACCACCUUCUAUUCCUCCUACUGUUGUUCCAUCUCAGGUCACUGAUGUACCAGGCUCAGACAAUGUAACUGCCAAGGUCCCGAUCUCGCCCCAAAUGGCUGCGCCCCCUAAAGCUCCCACGAUGGUACCAUCAGCUCCACUAACCGCUCCUACUGCGCCAUCAGGUGCUGCGAAGUCGCCUCCACAAGGCCCUGCUGCACGACCGCGUGCACCACCUACAGCUCCUCAAGCGGCACGAGUCAACGUAUCCCCAUCGUUCUCAAGGGCGACUCUUCCACAGUACACACCUCGAGAUGCAUCUCCCAGUGCGAAUCCUUCAGGGUUUGGUCCGCGUAAUGGUGGCGGAGGAGGCCUUGCGAUCAACACAUCCCCGCAAAGCUUACCAGCGAAUAUACCUACGGGCCCCAAAGCCGACCGCACUCCGAUGGCUCCUAGGCCACUUUCAUCCUAUCCGCAAUCGGACAGGCCUGGCUUUCCUCCCGCUAGAGGCCCAUUGAGCGGCGGUCCUAAGAGCAUGCAAUGGGUACGGCCUGGAUUCAAUUCGAGCCGACCGUCGGUGCCAACCAAGCGCGAAUUCCCGGCUGAGGAUCGUGAACGACCGUUCGGUACUGCCCCUAAAGCUCCUCGACUCGAGCAUAGCGUCUCUGCUGCACAGAUCCAGCGUAAUACACAAGCUAAAUCAGUAUCACCGUCAUUUUCACGCAUUCAACCCGAAAUCGAAAGACCGAGAGAACGUGCGGUAUCCGCAGAGCGUCCUGUGGUGCCCUCACCCAAACCUACUCCGAUCGAGACUAGGCGACACUCUGAUGUCGUCAUGGCAGAAGCGUCACCUCGAAUGGCCAAGCCACCCAUGUCGGCUGCGUCGUCUGCCCCGGAAGCUCUGCAAGACUCUGACGACGAUCUUGAUCUUGACGAGGACGACUUCGCUGAGUCUGAGGCGAAAUACAACCGAGAGCGAGCACGUCUAGAGGCCAAACGGGUCGAUCUGAGUGCUCCGCACUUGCGCGCUACAACUCCCUUGCAGGAGAUUGUUCUGCUGUCAUGCCUCAAUGUCGAGCAUCUUCCUCAAACACAGCCAGAUGUGGUGUCCGUCGAAGAGACAAGCACACCCUUUCCCCAGGAGCAGGAAGAGUCACAUCUUUCACCUGUGCAAGCACGUCAUGUGGAACCAACCACUAAUCAACCUGCUCCAGAGAGUAUCACGGCAGAUCUACCGACACCUAAGGCGGAAGAGUCCGAGGAUGUCGAGAUGGAAGACAAAGAGGAGACUGAAGAGAGGUCGGCUGCACCCGCAACGAUGGCGCUUCGCCUACGACGUGAGACCUCUGCAGAGCGGGAAACCUUACCCGACCUCAGUUCGUUGCCCUAUCUAGGCUCAGGCCCGCCAACGCCUCUAUCGGACAUUGGGCAAGACCGACCAAACCUAUCUGACGAUAUCAUGAACGCCAUUCGAAGCAAAUUACGCAAGAGCAUCGAGCCUGAGCUUAACACUGAUCAGAUUCUCGAACGAUACGCAGCUGCAUAUAGAGCGUGGCGUGUGUCCAUCCGUCCCUUGGACGAAGAGCGUGACCAAGACGAUCAGGAUAGACAGCCGUCAGCCGAGCCAACACUGAAGGCUGUCACUCCCGAUGUACAAAAUGCUGCGAUGACAGGGAUUCUGGAUGGGUCGCUCGCUCCUACAGGCCGGAGGAGCCACGCGAGUCGAUGGGCUACUGAGCUUGAUCUGGAAGCUGUCAUCAAAGAGUCUUUGAAGACUGCCGAAGAGGAAAAGUUAGGGAAGAAAGACAAAGAGCCACGCAAAGCCAUGGCUGACCCGGAGAAGGAGGCCGAUCUACCAUUGGAACUUACCGAGGCAGAGGCUCAGCGCAGAAGAUUCAUCGACACUAACUUCCAACGCGAACCCGGUCAAGGGAUUUUCGUGUUUCACUAUGAGCCGCCAGAGGAUGACUUCACCCCCGAGGAACACAGGGUCAUGGUACAUAACUACAAGGAUCAAUACGCAAAGAAGUGGGGUAAGCUGGCCGAAGUUCUUUACAAAGAAGUUGGAACCGAACGUACCUACAAGGAUUGUAUCAAUCAUUACUAUGCUACCAAAUGGGGCAGAGAAUACAAGGGUAAACUCCGCAAAGCUCGGGCUCCCAGGAAGCGUGGUGGAGCCGUUGGUCGUGGUCGUGGAGCUAUCGCCAACAUGGACCGACCCGAAGGACCAGGAGAGGACGGUUUGCCCUUACCAGUCACUGAGACUGGGCGGCCUCGACGCCAUGCGGCUCCCAAAUUUGGCCCAACCGAAACUGAGUUCGACCCGAUCACAGGAAUGCCCAUACCAGGCCGAGCACGCAGGCAAACUGACGCCGACGACACGCAAGAAAAGGCCAUGCGGCGUGGAAAACCGGCGAAGGACAAGGUUGGCCGGAAGGCGAAGAAUACGCCACUCGCGGCCGUUCCUAUAGGCUCACCUGUCAAGGUCGAUCGUAAAGACAAGAACAUGGGAGUCAAGAUGGAGGACGACCUUGGCAAGCGGCCCAUGAAUGAUAUGCCAAUACCCAUGCCACUUAUCCCUAUGGAGGAUCAGAUGAUGCUGGCAGGAGAUUUGCAGCAGCUUUCUGGCCUGCCUGGCAGUCUUAUGGAUCGACCGAAGACACAGGCUGGUGCCAGACCUGGCCCAUCUAGCUACUGGUCCGUCUCCGAGUUACAAGACUUCGAUAAGAAUGUUGCACACUUUGGCACGGACUGGAUUGCAAUUGCAAACCAUAUGGGCACCAAGACGCACACUAUGAUCAAGAACCAGUAUCUGCGUCUUGUCGAAAGUGGCAAACUAGACUUGGAGCAGACAGCAAAAGAGGCAGAUGCUCGAAGGGAACGAGGUGAUGAUCUAGGUCCACCGCCAACACCGACUCCAGCACCCAAGAGACGAUACGAGAGCACACAAGCGGGACCUAUCCGCCCCAUCGCACCUACGCCUGAACAUGGGUCUCCGCCUCCGAACCCGCUUGUGCACCCAAAAUUAUCUCCUCCGCAUUCAACUCCUUCUUCGAGAUUCUCCACUAUCGCCCAAGCACCUGUGCAGAGCAAGCCCAUGGUGCCUCCGCCCGGAUAUUCUGCCCUACCAGAGACUAGCCUGGCGUCUGUACCCUCGAUACCACCACAGCAGUCGCCGCCCGCUCCCCCUCAGCGUGCACCGCCGCAGCAUCAUCACCAACACUCCAUGUCGCAGCAUAAGUCGCAGCCGCAAGGGCCACGAGCUGGAUACUUUUCCGAAGACCUACCUCCACGUUUCGAGUCCCGGCCACCUUCACAACCUGCCGGCAACCAACAGGCACACCGGCCAUUGCAACAACAUGCGCCUCCACAGCCUCGCGUUCAAGAGCAACACCACUCGCCUCUCUAUCGUGGACUUCACUUUCAGGAGCGAGACGUUGCGGGUAGACCUGAAGUUCAGCAGGAGCAGGAGGCUCAGCGCCGGUUUCAUGAACACACACGUCGCAUCUCACAGGAGAUGUCACAGCAUAGACCUUUUGCUCCCGGUGGUGCACCGCCGAUCAUGCCGCCACAUCCUCAGCGCGGCCCACCACCUAUGCAAAACACACCUCCACCUGCAGUAACAAAGCCGGCUGUCGAACCACGCAAGUCUAACUUGAUGUCCUUACUGAAUGACACCGAUCCUGAGGAGCCCAGACGUAAGAAGCCAAGCGAACAAGGUCCGCCAUCGCAUACCUCUACACCUCUGCAAUCAGCACCAAUCGCGCCUCCUCCUCCCACGACGCAAAGCUACACGUCAUCGUCAAGACGCCCGCUCUACGAAGAUUCUAUGGCUGCUCAAUCUCCGUAUACCCGUCCAGCAUCGUAUGCUCAGCAGUCUUCACUUGCAAACGCAACAUCAAACAGGCCGAUCGACCUGACUGAGGACAAGCCGUCAAUCCUGCAGCCGAACCCAUACGCCCAAGUUGAUCCGCCGGGCAGUGGUGUCCCGCCACCUGGACCUAUGGGGAUGCGGCCCAGUCCGCACCUGUCGACAAGCCACAUAGCACAGCAGCAGAGGGACUCAUCCGGACGCAACGACCAUUCGCAGGCCUCAAACGCAAACCUAUCGUACUCGAACCCACAAACGCCCAACGAGCAUCCAGCCCACCCUUUUCAAGGGUUGAGUAGACUGACGGAGCCUUACCGUCCUCGCGAUCCUCGUGAGGCCCACGAUUUUGAUCCUCGUCACUCGGAUCGCGACACCGGCCGUGAGUUGUCUCAAAGGGCCGAUUAUCUACGUGAACAGCUUUCCAACCCCGCGCUACGUGCGCCAGGUCCUCCAAUGCAUGAAGAUCUGCGAUACCAACCCCAAGAUCGGGGAUAUCUCUCGCAACGCUCACAGACUCCGCUUUCUAGGCCGGAGCACGGCCAGCCUCCACCUUUGCAGCAUCCUCCGCACUCGUCUCUCGGAGUAGCAAACCACUCUCUUUAUGGUCAGCGCCCUCCCGAGGAACCACAACAUCACUUCAUGCGCAAUCCUCGUGAUCGCAGCAUGACGGACCGUAUCCGCGAGGAGCAAGCCCAAGCUCAAGCUCAACACCAGGCAGCGAUGAAUCGAGAAGAGCAUAUGCGAAGAGAAGCUGAACAAAACUCAAGAGAACGUGAGAUGCGCGAACGAGAUGCACGAGAUGCGCACUACAGGGACAGCAUCAUGCGAGGAAGACAAGAUAUGAGGGGUCCACCGCCACCACAACCCAGUUCAGGGCCAGGAUCAAUCCACGACCCUCGGCCACCUACCGGACCUAUGGACUGGACGAGCGGUGUAAGGCAUCCGCAGGACCGUGGUCCAUGGCAACGCUAG